AUGUCACGACGUGCAUCUGACACUCCAAACCCUGUUCGCUCCUUGCGACGUCUUUCCAUCCAGACACCAUCCUAUAUUUCCACUCCAGCAGUGUCAAUCGCAGAUGUAGUCGUGAGUCAUGUCGCUCGGCUUGUCGGCUUUCCUGUUCAAUCAAUCGACACCCAAGCCAGCUUUAUAGGUCUUGGCGGACAUUCCUUGCUCGCCGUAAAGCUCGCUGCCCUCUGCAAAAAGGACGGAGUCAAGCUUACUAUCGCCAACAUCCUUCUGAGCAGUUCCAUUAUCGAAAUAUGCUCUUCGGCAUCAUUUCUCGCGCCAGUCGCAGCUUCUCCCACAGCUCGUCGGAGAUCUUCCGUCCACUUGGCCUCAACCCCUCCAGAUUCACCUUCGGGAUCGCCCCACAUGACGGAAAUGCAGCUCUCCUUUUUGCAGAGCUACAUCAAGAACCCUGGGUCGAACAUCAUCAACUUUUAUGAGACCUACAAAAUAUGCGACAUACCCGCGAUGAAGGCAGCAUGGAAAGCUGUGAUUGAAUCCGAGCCGAUCUUCCGAAUGAGCUUUGGAGCAGAGACCGAUCAAAGUCAAGGAGCCUCUCUGUCACCGUUCAAGUGGAAUGACAUUGUCUGCGAUUCGCAUGAACACUAUCAGGCGGAACUAGUCAAAGAUAAGGCUCCAAGCCACAUUGAAUGUUCCUUCGAUUGCAUUACGAACCCUAUUUCCUCAACCAGCACCAUUGUCUGGCGUGUUCAUCAUGCCUACAUCGAUGGAAUGUCUGCCCAGCUGGUGUAUGAAAAGGCCCGCAUGUGUUUGAUGGGACAUCGGCCCACAUCAGGAGCCGAUUUCAAUAGCGUCAGUAAGGGCGUUCAGUCCCUUCAGCAUGCCAGCAGGGAGAGCAAUCAAGCUUUUUGGAGACAUCAAAUAGAAAAACAUCCUCAGCCAGUAGGAGAACUUGCACUGAAAGAACCAAAGGUCCCCGCUUCAGCUGCCGCAAUCGAGAACGUCUCGUUUGUCAUACCAAUCAAUAGAAUCUCAGCCGCAGCCCGAAACGCAGGCGUUUCUCUCGCAGGAUGGUAUCAAGCUGCUUGGGCAAUGGCUUUGUCUCUUUACAGCGACUCAUCGUCCGUUGUUUUUGGCACAGUCCUCUCGGGAAGAAAUCUCCCCCUCGCUGGUGCAGACGACACAAUUGGUCCCCUCAUUAACACCCUACCUUUCCACGUAACGAUCGAUCCGACGCAGACCGUGACAGAUUUCCUGCAGUUGGUUUUCGCGCACUCAGUAGCUCUGCAGAACGUCCAGUUUUCGUCCCCUGAGGACGGGUACACCCGUUCUUUCUCCUCAGCUCUGGCUAUGGAAUUUGAUAUGGAAGCUUCCGAUGAGCAUCAUGUGAAGCCCGUUGGCACCUCCUGGUUCAGGGUCAUUCCGGAUAUGCCUCUAUCGGUGUAUCUCAGCGCAAAAGGGACCCUCCGCCUCUGCUUUAAGCCUUCAAAGUACAGUAAGCAAGAUAUGGAGUUGCUGGCUGAUCACUAUCGACGCGCCAUUCUUCUGCUAUCAAAAAAGAAGACGACAUGUAUGGGCGACCUCAUGUCUCGAUUGUUGACAAAGGGAAGCAAAGAAACGUUGAUGCGGUUCGGCAAUUGCAAUACAGAGGACACUUCUUUGAGCUCGAUAAAAGAUGACCUCGUCACACUCUUCGAGAAGGCAGCCAGGGAAAAUCCCGAUGCGAUUGCCGUAGAAAAGGGCGAUCUUUCUUUGACCUACCUCCAGUUGGCAGAACGAUCCGGUAUGGUUGCCAGCGCACUAAAGAAACACAUUGCACCAGGAGAGGUUGUUUGCGUCCACGCCGAUCGUUCAAUCAAUUGGAUCGUCGCAAUGUAUGGUGUCCUGAGAGCCGGCGGCGUCUACUCUGCUCAAGAUUCUGCAUUACGUGCCCAUAUCCGUAGCAUGAACUUUGAAACUGCUGGAGCUAAUAUCUUUCUCGUCCCAGGUGAGGCGGACAAGACCGUCAAGCCGGAAGUUUGUCAACUCUGCCUAUCAGUCGACGAGCUUCUUGAGACAGAAGUCGAGCCAGUGGCUCACCGACCAGCACCACGCCAGGAUGAUAAUGCCUACCUUUGCUUCACCUCUGGGUCUACGGGGAAGCCGAAGGGAGUCAUGUGCCACCACGCCGGUUUGGUAGCAUUUCAAAGGGAUCUUGAGGUCCGCCUAUUUGCUGCUCCUGGGCAAAAGAUUGCUCAAGUGAUGUCCCCGGCAUUUGACGGCAGUAUCCACGAGAUAUUUUCUGCUCUAUCAUACGGUGCAACUCUCGUGUUAAAUUAUGGUGCUGAUCCUUUUGCGGCACUGAGAAGGUCCAACGCAGCCACUUUAACGCCUUCGGUUGCUAAAGUCCUCGAUCCCGAGGAUUUCCCCGAACUGAAAACGGUUUACGUUGUGGGUGAGCCUGUGCCACAAUACGUUAACGACAUCUGGUCCGCAGCCACUAACAUGUACAACAUGUAUGGACCAACUGAGGCCACUUGCGGGGCGACUAUCCAACGUCUUCGCCCAGGCUUGCACGUCACUAUUGGGCCUCCCAACCCAACCACUCGGGUCUACAUUCUUGACCGCAAUCAACAAUUGGCACCCCCAGGCGUCAUCGGAGAGAUCUAUUGCGCUGGUGUUCAGGUCGCGCGAGGCUACAUGGGUCGGCCUGAUCUAACGGCGGAGAAGUUUUUGCCGGAUACCAUUUACCCUGGGAGAACCGGUGAGAUGAUGUAUCGAACAGGUGAUCGUGGCUUCUUCAACCACGCAGGCGAAGUUGAGUGUCUUGGGCGAAAUGAUCGGCAAAUCAAGCUGCGCGGGUAUCGCACCGACUUGAACGAUAUUGAAAUGCGUGUUGCUCAAGCCAUCAAAGAAUCUACUGCAGUGGCCAUUUGCCAGAAAGAGGACUAUCUGGUUGCGAUGAUGCAACCAGAGAUGCUUAAUAUUGCGGACGUUCGCACCAGAAUCUCGAGAGUGCUUCCAACACAUGCAAUCCCACGAAUGAUAACGGCUGUUUCCAAGUUUCCAAUGACGCCAGCCGGAAAGCUCGACUACAAGGAGAUCGCGGCUCGAAGUGGCGUCGCGGUGUCGAGUUCUACCAAUUCAAACCCACUUUUGCCCACUGAGAAGUUGGUCGCGCAAGUUUGGCGAGAGCUGUUGGCAUUGGCACCCACAGAGGAGUUCACUAAAACAUCGAACUUCGCAGAACUUGGAGGUCACUCGGUUCUCCAAAUUCGUCUUACAGGAAGGCUCUGCAGCGUCUUCAAGAUCGAAAUUCCGAUGGCAAAGGUAAUUCAAUGCGCAAACCUUGCUGAGAUGGCUGCAAAAGUCGACCAAUUUCGCUCUCGUUCAAAUAUCGCCGACCCAUCACCAAAGUCAGAGCGCCUUGGGGCUUUUAGAGUUUCUCCAAUAGAAGCUGAAUGGUUUGAAAAGUAUGAAAUCAAGCAAGGCUGCUCGGCCUUCAAUGUUACUUUUGCCACAAAGUUGAACCCUGAGCUUGUCGACAUUGACCACUUGACAACAUCUUGGAACGCUGUCCUGGCUCGCCAUCAGAUAUUCCGCAGCAACUACCAUCGAGAUGAAUCGCUCCCGGAAAGAGUGAGGAGAUCUUACGCACGAUACGCUCCACAGGUGGAGCAAGUUGAUCACUUCUAUCUCUCGGAAGAAGUUAAUCGUCCGUUCAAUCUUCAGCGAGAGUGUCCUAUCCGCAUUUUUAUUUCCCAUGACACCAUGCUGGUCUGUAUGAGCCAUAUCAUUGCCGACUUGACAACACUACAAGUGGUGCUCAAAGAAGUCGUCCAGUUCUAUGAUGGAUGUGGUCUUCCCAAGCUUCAGAGGAAAUAUGCCGACGUAGUGACCUGGAACAGACCCGCAACUGCCUCACAACUGCAAUGGUGGCAGGAAUACCUUCAAGGGUGUAAUACUGUGCCGCAUAACCUUUCUCAUCUGCCAAAGCGAACCAGUUACGAUGGUUUAACUCGAUAUACUCACUUACCGAAAUCUUUGGCUCAGCAAGUAUUCCAGUACUCCACAACUACGAAGACAACUCUCCAUCAAAUGGCUCUUGCUUCUGUUUCCUUGGCCUUACAACGAGAGAGCAACAGCACUGACAUUGUCUUGGGCGCUCCUUAUUUCAACAGACAAGCUGAGGAUCUGGAAACCGUUGGACUUUUCCUCGAACCUCUGCCAAUUCGAAUUACUCAUUCGGAAGAUUCUGCUUCCACCUUCAUCCAAGAUGUUCAGAAGUGCAGUCAAUCUGCCAUUGCCAACGCGAUUCCAUGGAUCCAGCUCCUGGCUUGCGUGGGCGAAACCCAACAUAACUUCCCCAACCACGCCCUCCUUGACAUUAUGGUAACAUUCCAUGAUGACCGCGGCUCACCCAAGCUCUCCAUGGAAGGUCUGAAGCCGCUUAUAGCGUGCGCAAAUGGCUCUAAAUUCCUUCUUUUGGUCGAAUUUACGGCAAUUGCAGAUGACUGCGUAGUAUUAAGGUUGGAAUAUGACAACACUCAAAUCUCUAAGACGGAGAUCGCGAGAGUGGAGGCUACAAUGCUCAAGGCACUGGAGAGUAUUUCUGCAGAAACAGGCUAUAACGAGCUUAAAAAGGAGUUGAGGGAGUUCAACGAUAAGGUGGACGAUUUAUCGGAUGGAGAGUUUUUUGAUUUGGAAAUUGAGGCACUCAGACUGUAAGAC